GUGAAAGUGAGGCUUGGAACACACGCUGUUGUCUCUGUCAAGUGAGGGAGGGAAGAAGUGUCUAAUGUCAUCCAGCAACAAGCACUCUGUGCUGGAGGAGCAGCCAGCAGAGGAUCAUCAAAGUUGUAGAGAGAAAAUCAAGAAGAGACUACAGAAAUAUGAUGUUGGCAGCCGGUACACUCACAUUCCACUUCCAAAAGCCUCGGUCUUGCUACCUCUGUUUAUUAGACAAGGAAAGCUGCAUUUACUCCUAACUGUCAGAUCAAUGAAACUGAAAACCAUGCCAGGGGAUGUUUGCUUUCCUGGGGGAAGACGUGAGGCUUCAGAUCAAGAUGAUGUGCAGACAGCUCUCAGAGAAGCUAAUGAAGAGAUAGGCCUGUGUUCUGAAAAGGUGCAAAUUAUUGGCAGACUUAUUCCUUAUAUAGCGAAGUCUCCAAACUAUUUGAUAACACCAGUGGUUGGGAUUGUGGAAGACACAUUUGAGGCCCACCCAGAUCCUAAUGAAGUCACUGAUGUUUUCCUGGUGCCACUUGAAUUUUUUAUUAGUUCAGACCACUACACUCCCAUUCCAUUAAACGUGCCAUAUUUUGGAUUACAAAACAUUCACAGCUUCCAAUAUGAAGAUAAACAGAAGAAGAGGGUUUUUAAGAUAUGGGGACUCACAGCGCAUUUUGCUUUGAUGUUAGCGGUCAUGAUACUACAGCGGGGACCAGCGUUUAACUGUGACUAUGAUCUCCAGAGCACAUUGACAGGCUGUGAGAUAGCUCUUCUAGGUAGUCACCAAAGUAAAUUAUAGCUGUGCACAUGCUAAUAUUAAGGCAGCUAAUUUAUAAGAAUUAGUGCUGAAUCAGAAAUAGAAAUUAGAUCUGUAUGAGAUAGCUAUUAGAUUAAUGAUUUAAUCUUGUAUUAAUACAGUAAACAAAGUAUGCUAUUAAUUUCUGAAUACUAGAUUAGGGAAAGUAAUAUGAUAUAGUGGUAUGGAAGUUAAGGGGACAGUCUACUCAAAAUUAAACUUUCAUGAUUCCAAUAGGGCAUGCAAUUUUAAACAACUUUCCAAUUUAUUUUUAUUAUAAAAUUUGCUUUGUUCUCUUGGUA